CAUCAGGUUCUCUUCUGACAGACAAUUGUAGAUACAACGAGUAUUACAAGUUGGCUGAGGAGACCCCAAUCAUGCUUGUCAGCAAGCUGGACACCGAGCGCCAGGAGGCGUUCCGAGCAUCUAUUUUUCUUUCGCUCGAUGACGGUGAGCGCAACAGCCGUACCGACGGUGGCGAAAGCUCACCGUUCGAUACACUGCUGGCUCAACAGAGGCUACAAUCCGUAGCUGCGGCUAUAAACACGUUCAUAGAGGCAUGCUGCAUGGAUCCGCCACCAGAUGGAGCCGGUGGUUACAUAUGGAACCGUGAUGUGCUGCGCGUUCGAGCGUCUUACCCCGAUCGCGCCAAGCGCCCUCGUGCGACCGAAGGAGUGCAACUGGAGCAAUGGGGACAGCUGUCCAUCUAUCAGCGCACUGGUGGUGCGCUCGAGGAUGUCCAACUUUCUACAUUCAUCAUGCGUCAACUUACGCUGCGCCUCGCGUCACUUCAGUUGGCAAUCAGCGUUUCGGAUGAAGACGGUCAAUUCCUUUUGAUCGAUGCUGCAGACCAUCUGGACGACUGGAUUACCCCGGAGAAUGCUGAAGGACGCGUUUGGAUUUACGAGGGACGUUUGCACAUUAUCACCCCUUCUGCAGAAAAGGUGGCGCGAGAUGAAUACGGGUACGGUGACGAUGGCAUGAUUUCGAAAGGCAAAAGCAAGACGGGAGAAUCGGGCGCAAAAGGCGAUGCAGGACCAGAAGAAGAAACUCAGCGGGUCCUUCCUUUGGCUCUUGGCCAAGCAAUUGUGCGAAAUCCAUCCAUUCCGACACUUGCAUCGUCACUUGUCGAAUCCACCGCUUUUGAAGCUCUCGCAGACUUUCCUACCUCCGCGUACGAUCAAGUCCACAUGACUCUGGCAUGCUUGCCCGAAAGCGCCGCGCGCGUACUCCAACAUGAUCCACAGCUCAUCGCCCUAGCAGCUGAGGCGCUGCUCACCAGAGACACAUUAAGCGCAAGGGCGGCAGGCAAGAUGGAGCAAUUUCUCGGCGGCGCAACACCUUUCAUACCUCCAAACCUUGGUGCCGCAACUUCAGCGCACACCCCUGGCGUGCCAUCUUGUCGGAUCGUGCUCACACGAAUCCAAAUGACAAAGCGCAUCUACUCAGCGCUCACUACAGAGAACUAUCUUCCGCCCAAAGUAUUCGGUCGCAGCUGGCAGACGAUUGUUGAGGAAUAUCAAGCCAGGCUUUUCUCACAAAAUGCCGGCAAGGCAGAGGGGACCCUUGCCACGGAUCCAGGCCUGGACCUGGGCCGGUGGCUCGAUCUGGGUACAAAGAUCGCCUGUGGUAUGGAGAUGCUAUAUGCUGAAAGCAGGUCAAAAAGCACAGCCAAACGCGCGUAUCCUCGAAGGAACGACGGCGAGGACAUUCAAAUAAAUCUGGACGUGUCACUUGAAGCAUCAGCCCCAUCUCCUUGCAUGGAAGCCCCAGCGCGUGAUGCAUACUCAAAGUUUGUGUCAUCACUCCGAAAAAUUGGCUACUUUAACAAUGAGCUCGAAGGGAGUGCGCGAUGGAGGCAGCUAGAGCACGUAGCACUUCAAGAAUGGUCCCGACAGCUCCAGGGCAGCGUAGCUACCAAGGAGUACGAAGAGCUCGAUCAUGACGGCGAGAACACGCUGGCAGGUAUCGCGCAGCGCAUGGACAAAGUGCUAGCGGACUCUAGGGCGGUGACUUUGAUCGAUCUUUCCAGCGAGCCCCAUGCAAAGCUGGUGGCACUCGAGGAUGACAUCGCUUGGCUGUAUCUGCAGUCACAUCAGGACGAUGGGGAGGGCUCGGUCCAGGCCGAAGACUUGGACCAAGACGAGGCAGAACGCUAUGCAGCCAAGCAGCUCGCGGCUUUCAGUGUCAAGAUGGAAGAGUUUUUGGACCGCAAAGGCGACCAUCGCGGUGCGCGAUUCUCAGAUGAGGAUUUUGCUGAUGGGGAUAGCGACGAGGACAGCAACGAAGAUUUAGAGUUUUCAGACGAGGGGAGCAGCUCCAAUGGAAAAGACAUAGACAUGCAGAAAGUCGAAAGGCAGGCUGCCCGUGCUGACGAGGAGGCUCGCGCCGAGGCGAGAUUGCGGCUUCAAGCAAUGUCCAGUGAGCAGAGGACGGAGGCCAUGGAAAGUCUCGUCAAAGGGAUUGAAGCCGGGUCAUGGGGGGCGUUAAAAGGCGGAUCUCAGCCAGCGGAUGCGUCACGAGCGCCGCAGGCAGAAAUGGCCAUCACUGAUGGAGAUACUGGCGAGUCAUACACUACAGGGUCGAUCAAGCCUCUUUCAGCGGAGGAGAUGGCAGCACUUUUCCCGAUAAAUGGCCACGCCAGGCCGAUCUCAGAGUAUCCAUCACAGCCCCGGCUCGAACCUCACGUUAGCCAGUCUCAAGACGUUACAAACACGACUGCGGAACCAUCUCCCCCAAAGGGACAAGAAGUCCGUGAUAAAGUCAACGGCCUGCGCUCAUUAUUGCGUCAAGCGCAGCACUUUGAAGGGGAUUCAGACUCGGAGGAAAGCAUGCUGGAUGCAGAGGAUGCAGGAGACUCGAAGGCGGAUCGAUUGAACAGGGCCAAAUGGCUCGACGUAGGUUCAGAAGAUGAGCUGCCAGAUAGCGAUAAGGUCGACGAAGAAGUCGAAAUGGAGGGCGAGAUGGACGACUUCAUUAAGUUUGCCACAGAGGCUCUGGGGCUCAGCAAGGCACAGUAUGACCGCAUUAUCAGCGAGCGCGAAGCUAGAGGUGCUUUUGUCCCUUCUUCAAGUGCAACAUCUGCAUCCCCAAUUGAGCAUGCUUUACCACCGGCCGGGAGCGCCAAAGGGAAGGACAAGAUCUCUGCGAGUGAGCGUCAAGGCCGGCCUCUCAAAACAUUCGAGGAGGUCAUGGAUGCAAUGGAUGCCGAAUUGGGUCAUGCAAAGACCUCUGGUAGCCAAUCAAGCACCGCUCCGUCUACCCAAUCUACAGUUACAAAACAUACUAAGCGUCACCAACCCGAGGUGGCAUCACGGCGAGGCGUGACAUCCGCUCCACCGCCGAACUUGUACGACGGUGAUGAGACCGAUAGUGAUGACGAACUGAGUGCGCAAGACCAGGAACUGAUCCAGAAGCUCACCAGCUCUAGAGCCGAUUUUUCUGGGCUCGCGCCUGGAGCCGAUGAGCCCAUGUUGCAGAUCAACAUGAUCCAGAAUUUUCUUGAAAGUUACAAGGCUCAGGGUGGUACCGCCGGUCCAGUGUCCAACCUGGCUGGUCGAAUGGGGAUCAGUCCACUGCCGUUAGAUGCGGAGCAUUGAUUUGCCAUUGUAACGCUAGGAUGAAUGCAUGCAGUGCAAUGUGACAU